CGACGGCUUGUUGUAGUUGACAUGAGAGCGAAAAAUCUGCAGUGUUCCGGCUCAGCGCAUCUCUCGUUUCCUUACACACCUUUUUAAAUUGAAACAGAUUCUUCCUGUCGAUUUCACCAACAUCUUUGGAUUGCAAUCCACCAUUUCUGUUAAGCAUUUGCGCUUUUCUCUGAACCGGAAGACCUAAAAGAACCCAAAGUUCGCAGGGAGGUGACAUCUGGCUGCUCCACACCUGACUUCAUUCAAUGAGCUUUAACACCAAUUAGCUUUGGUUUUGGUUCGAUACCUGUACACAAUUACAUACGCCCAAUAUUCAGUCGGAAGCAGCUGGACACAUUCAUAUAAAUCUGCAGGCUAACGGAGACGAGCUGGCGCAGGUCGUGGGUUGUCCGUGGAUAAUGCGAGACAGUGGCGGUAGCCUGGCCCAGAACCGCUGGCAGGGAGACCUGGGUCUGACCGCUGUGGGGCAGGACGACACAGGAGGAGGUGGGAUUCCUGGAGACCACCUCAUAGUCCCAGCGUCGGGCCACAGCGUACCCAGCCCCAUGCACCUCAGGCUGGGGCAGAAAGAGAAGGUGUGGACAGGCGAGUAUGUAGAGGAGGAGGAGGAAGGGGAGGAGGAUGGGAUGGGUAGGAUCAAGGCGAUGGGUGAUGAGGAAGAAGAAAACAAUCUGGAUGAGGUAGAGUUUGAGGGCAAGUGUUGGGAUAACAACGAGGAGGAGGAAGAGGACGAAGAAGAAGAAGAAGAGGAGGAGGAGGAUGAGGAGGAGUUGGAAGAUGAAGGAGACGACGCAGAGCUUGAGUGGGAAAUCCCAGACUUUCCCUCCGAGUCCACCCAGCACCCUCACUCACAACAACAACACCUACACCAUGGACCACAAGAGAAGGCAGGAGAAGGUGCUGGAGUACCCGUAGAGGAUAUCGUCUCCCAGGCCCAAGCAGGGGACCUGUUCAGGUCCCACCUCAGCAGGUACCGGGCUCUGAGGAGGCACCGGCUCAGACGCUGGCAGCGUUUGCGAUCCCACGGAGGCGUUGGGUUUCGGCUCACCCAGCACUGGAAGAGCUGGCGCCAGCGGGCGCAGUGGUUAUGCUCCCAAGGGUACCGGUACAGCCGGAGAGGGCAGCGGCACAACCUGUACGGCAAGCAGAGGAGGAUAAAAAGGUAUCAGCAGUCACCGUACACCGACGAAGAGGACGACAGCAACGAUGAGAGGUUCACAGACUCCGAGACAGAUAAGCAGAUGAACGGCUGCUCUCCAGUCAAGCAGGAGGACAGAGGGAGGCGGGAAGUGGAGGUCAAACCAGUGGAGCUGGCCCUUACUGAGGAACACAUGAGUUGUGUGACAGGUAUUCUUGAAGAGUCUCUACAGCAGUAUGGCAGUUUGAUCCCCAUCCACGUGGAUGACAUCGUGGAGAAGCUUCAGGACAUCUUUAGUGAGAGCUUCUCACAGCCACACAGGAAAGCGGUGGUCCAGCAUCUAAUACAAUCCUUCCAGCGUUCGUCAGGAUCAGCCCUGGCUAAAACAUUCAGAGUCAAUUACAAACGUCACGUUCUGACAAUGGACGACCUGGGUACUCUGUACGGACAGAACUGGCUCAACGAUCAGAUUAUGAACAUGUAUGGUGACCUGGUCAUGGACUCUGUGCCAGAGAAGGUUCACUUUUUCAACAGCUUCUUUUAUGAUAAGCUAAGGACAAAAGGCUAUGACGGAGUCAAGCGGUGGACGAAAAAUGUUGACAUCUUUCAGAAGGAUCUGCUGUUGAUCCCCAUCCACCUGGAGGUCCACUGGUCACUGGUCAGUGUGGACAUUCCUCGUCGAGCCAUCACUUACUUUGACUCCCAGCGGACCCUCAACAGACGCUGCCCAAAGCACAUUUUUAAGUAUCUGCAAGCGGAGGCCAUCAAAAAAGACCAACAAGACUUUUUGACGGGAUGGAAAGGCUUUUUCAAAAUGAAUGUGGGGCGUCAAAACAACGACAGUGACUGCGGGGCUUUUGUGCUACAGUACUGCAAGUGUCUGGCACUAGGGCAGCCAUUCAGCUUCGGCCAGCAGGAUAUGCCCCGGCUGAGGAGGCAAAUGUACAAAGAACUCUGUCACUGCAAGCUCACCCUGUGACCCACCACCCCCACCCCCAGCCCGCCAUCUCCACCUGCUCCCACCCUUAACAAGAUGGAGGGACAAUAAUAUGACAAGAAGAAGGGGAAGGGGAGCAAACGAUCGACUGGCAAAAGAGAAACUUUGGAAAGAAAAAAAAACUUUCACUUUUUCUCUGCCAACAUCCAGAGAAAAACCUUCUUCUAUUGUAGGUGAUGUCAUUGUUUCACUUUUUUGUCUCUCUUUGCUUCCCCUCUCUCCACCCUUUGAAAACUCUGAUUUAAUUUCCAUGUCACGAUUAUUCCUUUGUGGUUGACAGAGGCCAAGACUAGCUUCCGUUUUUGGGAAUGUGCUAAUCUUCCAUCCUAUCGUAGACCGCCUUUUUUGUUUUUCAGUCUGAAUGGGAGCAUGAAGAAGAUGAUGAUGAAGAUAUCUAAAGAAUACAGUGCAGAUGAGGGGUUGGAUGACAGUUAGUCCAACCUGAGUACUACUUUCACUUUAAAUGCCUGAACAGUGAGUGCAGAGGUAGCGUGGGUGGAUGGCAAAAAAGAUUUGAACCAGUCUGUGUAAGCUUGUGGUUAAAUAGUACUAGUGGAUGUACACGCCCUCCAUCCAUCCAGUCCAUACUGUAUGUACUCAGCAGAAACAUGAAAACACCUCCCCAUGCUACAGCCAAUGUUACAUUGACACUUCUCUCUAUCUAGUCAGUACAUAAUGUUUGCCACCGUAGUGCAACAUUACAUUUCCAAUGUAUAAUAUUUGUUUAACAGUUUCCUACAAGAUGUUUAGAUGACUUUAAAGUGAAAAUGGAACUUGCUAGUUGAUGCUGCCAUGUUGACAAAAACACACGAGCCAUUCUAGUGCUUUUUAAAAAAUUUUUUUUUUAAAGUAAAAUCAGAAUUUACAUCUGUGGAACUCACCGCAUAUUGACCCCCUGCACAGGAAACUUCCUCUGCCUCCAUCACUCUUCCCCCAAAUAAAACAUCUUCAUCCACCGCCCAAACUAGCCAGAAUGGCAUAUUGGCCCAAAGAAGGGGUAUCUUUACAUUGCAUUUAUCCUUUUCUGUGUUUUAUCUUGUCAGUAAAUGUGUUGAUAUGCUUAUUGCUUUAAACAAACGGUGUUAAAAGGAGGACAACUAAUAUUGUGUAUUUUUUUUUUUCCGAGUAAGUACAAAAGAGAUCCUCUGGUUAGUAUUUCUUUGAAAGUUUGAGAGCCAUUUUAGUGAGGACCACGACAGCUACACAACAGAUCCAGUAUGUUCACAAUGGAGUUACAGCACCCUCCUCUUCUUUUUAUAACGAAAGAAAAGUUUGUUGAUAGCUGUGUGUUUGUUUUCUUUUUUUUUUCUUUUUUUCAAACAGGAGUUGAUGCAACAGAGUUGACAGUUUUAUAUAUCUUCUACAAUGCAUUAUGGUUGCUAAAAAUAAAAAAUAUGCGGCAAACGUGA